AUGUCGCAGAAAAUUGCUAUCUUGUCGGUUUACGACAAGACAGGUCUGCUUGACCUGGCCAAAGGUCUUAUCAAAAAUGAUGUCCGUCUUUUGGCUUCAGGCGGUACUGCCAAAUUAAUCCGAGAGGCUGGAUUCGCUGUCGAAGAUGUCUCAGCUAUUACCAAGGCACCGGAAAUGCUCUCAGGACGAGUCAAGACUCUUCACCCUGCAGUACAUGCUGGCAUUCUUGCCCGUGACCUGGCUUCGGAUGAGAAAGAUCUCGCAGACCAGAACAUCAACAAAGUUGACUAUGUUGUUUGCAACCUGUAUCCUUUCAAGGACACCGUCGCCAAGAUCAAUGUCACCAUUGCAGAGGCUGUUGAAGAAAUCGAUAUUGGUGGUGUUACGCUGAUCCGCGCAGCAGCAAAGAAUCACACACGUGUGACCAUUCUUUCUGAUCCAGCUGAUUAUGCCACUUUCCUACAAGAGCUUGAUAGAGGCGAUGUAUCAGAAAUAAGCCGUCAGAGACAUGCUUUGAAAGCUUUUGAGCACACUGCCGACUAUGAUGCUGCAAUCUCGGAUUUCUUCCGCAAACAAUAUGCAUCCAACGGCGUUCAACAACUGUCCCUCCGCUAUGGCGCGAACCCGCAUCAAAAGCCCGCAAGCGCAUUCGUCCGUGACGGCGCCCUUCCCUUCAAAGUCCUAGGCGGUUCCCCAGGUUACAUCAAUCUUCUUGACUGUCUCAAUGCUUGGCCACUAGUGAAAGAGCUCAAGCAGUCACUCGGUCUCCCAGCAGCUGCCAGCUUCAAGCAUGUUUCUCCUGCAGGUGCGGCCAUCGGAGUUCCUCUAAACGAGAAUGAGCGCAAGGUCUACAUGGUUGAUGAUAUCAGUGGCAUCGCCGAAUCCGCCCUAGCUCAAGCAUAUGCUCGUGCACGUGGUGCCGAUCGUAUGUCCAGCUUUGGCGACAUCGUGGCUCUCUCUGACAAGGUCGACGUGCCCACCGCUAAGAUAAUUAGUCGAGAAGUCUCCGAUGGAGUCAUCGCACCUGACUAUGAACCGGAGGCACUCGAGAUUCUGAAAAAGAAAAAGGGUGGCAAAUAUCUGGUUCUCGCUAUUGAUGAGUCUUAUGAGCCCGCACCACAAGAAACUCGGACCGUGUAUGGCGUCACGUUGACACAAGGCCGAAACGACGUCAAAAUCACACCAGAUGCAACUUUUACCUCCAUCAUCCGACCAAAAGAUGGCCCUAAACUCUCUUCUUCCGCUCUCCGCGAUCUCACAGUGGCUACCAUCGCCGUCAAGUACACGCAAUCCAACAGCGUCUGUUACGCAUUGAAUGGUCAAAUCAUCGGACUUGGCGCCGGUCAACAAUCACGCAUCCAUUGCACACGUCUCGCCGGAGACAAAGCAGAUAACUGGUGGAUGCGAUUCCAUGAGCGGACACUGGCCCUCCAAUGGGCAAAGGGUGUCAAGCGACCAGAGAAAAGUAAUGCCAUCGACAUGCUGUGCUCAGGUCAAGUCCCACCCCAAUCCGAGUUUGAGACCAGAGAUUACGAGCGCAACUUCGCCGAAGGUCAGGUCCCAAAGCCUUUCACCGCGGAAGAGAGACGAGCCUGGUUGGAUAAAUUGACCGAGGUGGCUGUCUCAAGUGAUGCUUUCUUCCCAUUCGUCGACAACGUCUACCGCGCUGCUAGAAGCGGCGUCAAAUACAUCGCGUCACCAACAGGCUCGCAGAACGAUGGUGCAGUGUUCGACACGGCGGAGAACCUCGGAAUUACGUUUAUUGAACAGAGCACGAGGUUGUUCCACCACUAG